GGCCAAUUUGUAUUAACAGAGAAACACCUCACACUCCAGUGCAGUGAGGUGCCGGGAUUUAUUGUUGUUGGUAAUUCGUUCCCCCAACAACCACGCUUCACAAUACAUUGUCAUUUUUUUCUUUUUUUAUUACUAGCUACUAAUCUUUAGCAUUCAUCAGUUUGCAUUUAUUCAAUGUAGCAGGUUACUGGCGUCUUGGUUCUUGAAGAAUUGCAGUGGGAAUAACUGUUGCAAAGGGGACAAUAAAAUACAUUUGAGGUAAAAGUCCUGAGGGGCGCUAUCGUUCUACUCGAUGAGAGGUCGCACCUGCGCAGUAGUAGCGCUGUCUACUUGUCAAAGCUAAUCGGCUUGUUUGAGGAAAGACUCCCGAUUUCCAAGCAAACCCUCUAUUGACACAUGGCUAGAUACAUGAGGCCGCCGAACACGUCACUUUUCGUCAGAAAUAUUUCUGAUGAGUCCAGAAAAAGUAAAAGCAUCCAGUUGUGGACACCGUCACCACACAAAGUUACAAAGACCCAAUGUAGAAUUAACGCUAAAGCAAAGUCACAAAGACCCGCAGGAUAUCAAAAGCCCAAGACAAAGCAUAGAAAGGGGAAGAGGUUGAAAUACAAAGAUUUUAAAGCAUGAAGAGGAAAAGUAAAGUGCAUGGAGCCAAGAAUUUCGAAAUGGUGGCAAAGAUUUGGCGAGAAAGCAAAGAGGUAAAAGUGGAAAAGCAGAAAGUCGUAAACGGUGUAAAGAACAAGAUGAAGCUCAAGCUGGUUAAGGUAACAAGCUUCAUUCCUUUUGUAUCCUCCCCAAGAACCUCAAGCAAUUUGACAAGAUAGAAAAAUUAUCGGUUUGACAUGUUGGACCAAAUAAGUAACUGUUUCCCUGCUAUCAUGCUCUCUCACUCAUGUAAUUGGCCAACAAAAACCCCUGGGGCUUUGUGUUCUGUUUUUCCGCAAAAAAAAAAGUAUGUAUCUAAGAAAUGUAUUUGGAGAAAAUGCACAAAAUCCUUAACCGCAGUUAGCACAUUCGAAGACAUCCGCGAUGCCGAAGACGCCCUGCACAGCCUCGACAGGAAAUGGGUGUGUGGUCGACAGAUCGAAAUCCAGUUCGCACAGGGCGAUAGGAAGACUCCGGGACAGAUGAAGUCCAAGGAGAGGAGCUCGCCAGGCCGCUCCACGUCGCGGUACGACGACGAGUCCGAUCACGGCGGCAGUCGUCGCCGGCGGUCGCGGAGCCGCAGCUACGAGCGCUACCGGUCCCGGAGCCCCUCCCACGAACGGCGCCCCCGCCGCCCAGAAAGCCCCCGGGAUUCUCGCGGACGAAUGUACGCAGCGCGGAGGAGCCGAAGCAGGGAAGACGAGAGGUACAAGACGCGGACCAGGAGGGAGUCCAGGGGUCACUCCCGCUCCAAGUCCCCCACCCCCAGAGACGAGGGCUACCAGGGCGCCCCGUCCCGCGACCCACGGGACCCACGGGACCCACGGGACCCGCGGGACCCGCGGGACAGCCGCGACCUGAGGGACGUGGGCCGGCGCUCACGCACUCCGUCCCGCUCCGUCUCCCGGUCGCGCUCCCGAUCCAGGUCGUGGGCCGGUCGCAAAUCGGGGGGACACUAGUU